CGGACAUGGGUGGGGUGGGGGAGCUUUCCCCGCCUUUUGGUGGGAUGAGAAUGGAGACGUCAUUUAUUGCGUGUACUAGGUUAUGUAUGUAUGGAUACGUGUUUGAAUGUUCGACUGUGAGUUGUGAGUUGAGUUGUAUUUUACUGGAUUGUUGUUGUUGUUGUUUCUUAUAUGUAAGUAAGGAAUAUUCAAGCAAAGGGAUAUAUAAGGAAGGAAAGGGAUAUAGAAGGAAGAGGAUUGAUUGAGAUUGAGAUUGAGAUUGUACUUGAGAUUGAGAACAGGUGCCAGGCGACGAUUUGUAGUCUGCGACGGAUACGGGAUUGAAUUUUUGAGGAAGGUUUGAAAGUUUGAGAAGUUGGGAUUUUGAGAUUGGGAUUGGGAUUGAGAUUGGGAUUGGGAUUCGAAAAGAGGAGAAGGAGAGGAGACGGAUAAACGGACGGACGAUCGGACGAUCGGACAAAGGGACGAGAGAGAAAGAGAGGAAAAGAGAAAGGGAUAGAAGAAUAAGAAUAAGGGAAAGAAAAUACGAAAGGGAAGGAGAAGAACGAGAGAAGAGAAAGAAGAAUACGAGAUAGCACGGAGGAUAGGGAUAGUAAGAGGAAAAAAUACUUGGGUAUCCAGGUUCGGAAAGAGGAAAGAUAGGAAAAUAGGGGAAGGAACGAGAGUACACGAACGGACGGGAACGAAGUGGGAGAACGAACUGGGAGAACGGAACGAAAUAUAAUAGGAAACGAAAUAUAGUAGGAAACGAAAUAUAGUAUAAGAAUAAUAAGAGACGGACAGAGAGACAGGGAGACAGAGAGACGGACAGACAGAGAGACAGAGAUAGAGAUUGCAAAGAUGUCGGCGAUACGGGUUGCUCCUACGAAAGCCGCUCGAGCCAUGAACCUCCUCCGCACAAUCCAAUACACCCACCCGCCCUCCUGCCCCUGCCACAACAAUCCCUCGCACCAUCACCACCACCCCAGCUCCUCUCUCCUCUCCCAAACCAAACGGAAUCUCCAGCGUAACUAUGCCACGCCCAUGGACCCCACGCGCGAAAAAGAAUAUGCGUUUGAGAUGGCGGCUUCGUCGAUACGGUUUGGACCGGGGGUGACGAGGGAGGUGGGUACGGAUUUUAAGAAUUUGGGGAGUAAGAGGGUGCUUGUUGUUACGGAUGGGGUAGUGAAAGAGUUAGAAGCGAUGAAGCAGGUUAGGGAGGGUCUUGGGAGGGAGGGAGUGGAAUUUGAGGUUUUUGAGGGGACCAGGGUGGAGCCGAAGGAUACGAGUAUCAAAGAAGCAAUCCAGUUCUCCAAGAACUAUCAACCAGAUGCUUUUCUAGCAGUCGGUGGUGGCUCAGUUAUAGACACUGCCAAACUCAUGAAUCUGUAUACCUGUUAUCCAGAUGCCGAUUUCAUGGAUUUCGUAAAUGCACCACUUGGUAAAGGUAGACCUAUAGAUAAAACUCUCUUACCUCUCAUAGCCGUUCCCACCACCGCCGGAACCGGCUCCGAAACAACCGGUACCGCCAUCUUCGAUCUCGUCUCUCAUAAAGCCAAAACAGGUAUCGCUCAUCGAAACCUCAAACCCCUCCUCGGUAUAUGCGAUCCUCUCAAUACACGCACGAUGCCAUCUGCUGUACACGCUAGCUCAGGUUUAGAUGUUCUCUGUCACAGUUUGGAAAGUUGGACCGCGAUCCCCUAUUAUGAGAGGACGCCCAGACCUCAAAAUCCAAUCAUGAGACCGGCGUACCAGGGGGCCAAUCCGAUUAGUGAUAUUUUUUCUCUGCAGGCGUUGAAGAGUACGGCGAAGUAUUUGCCAAGGGCCACGAAAGAUCCGGAGGAUUAUGAGGCGCAGAGUCAGAUGUUGUUGGCGGCUACUUUGGCGGGAGUGGGAUUUGGUAAUGCGGGAGUGCAUUUGUGUCAUGGAAUGUCGUACCCAAUAUCCGGUCAAAAUCCCGGCUACACGCACCCCGGCUACGUAACCAAAACCCCCAUCAUUCCUCACGGCGUAUCCGUUGCCGUUUCCGCCCCCGCCGUCUUCCGCUUCACCGGUGCAUCGAACCCGGAACGUCAUCUGCAAGCAGCAGAAUGCUUUGGUGUUGAUAUCUCGAAUGUGAAGAAGGAAAGCGCGGGUGCGGUCUUGGCAGAAGCGUUGGAGGAGUUUCUAGAGGAGUUGGGGGAUCAGCCGAGGGGUCUGAAGGAUUUGGGGUUCAAGAGGGAACAUAUUGAUGGGUUGAUUGAGGGGACUUUGCCGCAGAAGAGAGUUUUGAUGUUGGCGCCGAAUUUGGCGGAGGAGGUGGGGGAGGAGAGGGAACAGUUGAGAGGGCUGUUUGAGGAUGCUAUGGGGGAUUGAUUGAUGGGUUUGUUUUGUUAGUUUAUCGGUUUGUGAAGUGUUUGUGAAGUGUUUUUUUUUUGAGAAGUUUUGUCUGUCGUAUGUAUGCAUGUAUGUAUUGUACUGUACUGGACUCAAGUAUGAUUGUUCAACACAGUAUAAAAUUUAUAUCGUUCGUUACGUUACUGUUAUUUGAUUUUCUAUAAAGGAAUGGUCAA